AUUAUGACGUACACUCUCCCACUUGGGGAGAUGUUAGGCUGGCGCAUCUCCUGAGUGCAAUGGAGACCGCCUACCUAGGCCAUGAUCCUUCAUGAUCGACCAUAGACCCCGUCCAGGUAAGUAUGUUUUCCAUAACUUCGUGUCCCUUUUUUAUAUGACCAGCUCCCCUCCUCUUUUUUCACCCGCCCGAUGUGGGAUUCAGAACAUACCUACCCUCUUACCAGCCACUCAUUUUGGACGACUCUAUCCAUCCUCGGCUGACGUGGGAAGCUUCAGAGUGGUGGAAGAUAAACACACCAGGAACAAGCAUGAGCAUUUUCCUGCCUUCGUUGAUGACCUUGGUUUCCAACUGAAAACAAAAACACAAGAGAAAGGGGAAAAACUUGUUCAACAAUGGAAAAUUUAAUCCUCCCCUGCAAAUCAAGACCCCCUUUAGCAACUCCCUCCAAGCAAGGAACCUCAUUCGAGUGUUCAUCAAGAAUCAUUCAACCCAGAGUUUCUUUUACCAAAAUCCACCAACCAUUGACACCAAAACUAAAACCAAAAGUUACAGACGCCCAUUUGAAUCACCUCUGCAAAAAUGGACGGCUCGCCGAUGCCAUAGCCUGUCUUGACGCCAUUGCACAGGGUGGGUCAAACGUAAAACCCAAUACUUACAUGCAGUUACUACAGUCUUGCAUUGAUCAGGGUUCAGCCGAGCUAGGUCGUAAGCUACAUGCUCGAAUUUGUUUGCUUGAGGAGAUGAAUCCAUUUGUUGAGACUAAAUUAGUUAGCAUGUAUGCGAAAUGUGGGAGUUUGGGAGAAGCGAGAAAGGUGUUCGGGGAAAUGCGUGAGAGAAAUUUGUAUGCGUGGUCAGCAAUGAUUGGUGCGUAUUCUAGAGAGCAAAUGUGGAGAGAAGUUGUGCAGCAUUUCUUUUUUAUGAUGGAAGAUGGUAUCGUUCCCGACGAGUUUCUGCUCCCGAAGAUACUUCAAGCUUGUGGGAAUUGUGGGGAUGCUGAGACUGGGAGAUUGACACAUUCGCUGGUAAUUCGGUGUGGCAUGAAUUUCAAUAUCCGUGUUAGUAAUUCAAUUUUGGCCGUUUAUGCGAAAUGUGGUAGGCUGAGUUGUGCAAGAAGGUUUUUUGAGAACAUGGAUUACAGGGAUAGAGUGUCUUGGAAUUCGAUCAUAACUGGAUAUUGUCAAAAAGGUGAGCUUGAAAAAUCCCACCAACUGUUUGAGAAGAUGCAAGAAGAAGGGAUUGAACCAGGAUUGGUGACUUGGAACAUAUUAAUAAAUAGUUAUAGCCAGUCUGGGAAAUGUGAUGAUGCAAUGGAACUGAUGAAGAAGAUGGAGAGUUUCAGAAUAGUUCCUGAUGUCUUUACAUGGACGUCUAUGAUUUCGGGGUUUGCUCAAAACAAUAGGAGAAGUCAGGCAUUGGAACUGUUCCGGGAGAUGCUUUUGGCAGGGAUUGAACCAAAUGGGGUUACAGUUACGAGUGGAAUCUCAGCAUGUGCAUCUCUCAAAGCUCUAAAGAAAGGGAUGGAACUCCAUUCUGUUGCAGUUAAGAUAGGUUGUGUUGAAGAUCUAUUGGUGGGAAAUUCACUAAUCGACAUGUAUUCCAAGUCUGGGGAGCUUGAGGAUGCUAGGCGGGUCUUUGAUAUGAUCUUAAAAAAAGAUGUUUACACUUGGAAUUCAAUGAUUGGAGGGUACUGCCAAGCUGGCUAUUGUGGGAAAGCCUAUGAUCUCUUUAUUAAGAUGCAUGAAUCUGAUGUACCACCUAAUGUCGUAACGUGGAAUGCAAUGAUCUCAGGCUAUAUACAGAAUGGAGAUGAGGAUCAAGCUAUGGAUCUUUUCCAUAGGAUGGAAAAAGAUGGGCUAAUUAAGCGGGACACAGCAUCAUGGAAUUCUCUUAUUGCAGGUUACCUGCAGAAUGGACACAAAAACAAGGCAUUGGGGAUAUUUCGACAAAUGCAGUCUUUCUGUAUUAGACCCAAUUCAGUCACCAUGCUGAGUAUCUUACCUGCAUGUGCUAAUUUAGUAGCAGCCAAAAAGGUAAAGGAGAUCCAUGGUUGUAUAUUGCGAAGAAAUUUAGGGUCUGAACUAUCUGUUGCCAAUUGUCUCAUAGACACUUAUGCCAAAUCAGGGAAUAUUGUUUAUGCACAAACUAUAUUUCAAGGCAUUUCAUCCAAAGAUAUCAUCAGCUGGAACUCGCUAAUUGCUGGUUAUGUUUUGCAUGGUUGUUCAGAUUCUGCACUUGAUCUCUUUGAUCAGAUGACAAAGAUGGGAGUUAAACCAAGCAGAGGUACUUUUUUGAGUAUCAUCUAUGCAUUCAGUCUCUCUGGAAUGGUGGACGAGGGGAAGCGAGUUUUCUCUAGCAUGAUGGAAGACUAUCAAAUUUUACCAGGUUUGGAACAUCAUUCAGCUAUGAUAGAUUUAUUGGGCCGCUCAGGUAGGCUUGGAGAAGCAAUUGAAUUCAUUGAAGAUAUGGCCAUAGAACCAGACUCCUGCAUCUGGGCUGCCUUACUAACUGCCAGUAAAAUUCAUGGGAAUAUUGGGCUGGCAAUCCGUGCAGGGGAAUGUUUGCUAGAAUUGGAACCAUCGAAUUUUUCAAUUCACCAGCAAAUUUUACAGAUGUAUGCUUUAUCUGGAAAGUUUGAGGAUGUUUCAAAAUUAAGAAAGAGUGAAAAAAGGAGUGAGACCAAACAACCUCUUGGGUGUAGCUGGAUCGAAGCUAAAAACAUAGUGCACACUUUUGUUGCUGAUGACCGGUCUAGACCAUAUUUUGACUUUCUACAUUCUUGGAUAGAAAAUGUGGCAAGAAAAGUGAAGGCACCUGAUCAGCACGAUCGACUAUUCAUUGAGGAAGAAGAAAAGGAAGAGAUUGGUGGGGUCCACAGUGAAAAACUUGCAUUAGCUUUUGCCCUAAUUGACCCUUCUUGUGCACCCCGAAGUGUUCGGAUUGUGAAGAACCUGAGAAUGUGUGGAGAUUGCCAUGGGACAGCCAAAUUUCUCUCCAUGUUGUAUAGCUGUGAAAUAUACCUGAGUGAUUCAAAGUGCUUGCACUGGUUUAAAAAUGGGCGUUGUUCUUGUGGCGAUUAUUGCCAACUCAUCCAAAAACUUAGACUCUCCACCAUUGUCGCCAGAGCAGAGAUUCCAGUAUGGUUACACCUGGCAGUUGCUGAUGACAUGAUAUGUGUCUAUCCUAUACGAGUUCAUUAUGUUGCCAGAUUGCCGAAGGGUAUGUUUUGGUGCAUACUCGGAUCACCUAGUUUCGACAACCCCAUAUCAGUUGGGCCAUGGGGAGGUCAAGAUGGAUUGCGCUGGGACGAUGGGGUGUACUCUACAGUUAGGCAGUUGGUGAUAGCUCAUGGAAUUGGUAUCGACUCCAUCUUGAUUGAAUAUGAUAAGAACGGAAGCUCGGUGUGGUCGGAAAAGCAUGGUGGAAGUGGAGGCACUAGAACCAACAGGGUCAAGCUUGAUAGCCCGGAUGAGUUUCUAACUUCAAUUCAUGGACACUAUGGUAGCUUACUUGAAAGGGGGCCAGUCUUUGUUCGAUCACUUACUUUGGAGAGCAACAAGAGAACAUAUGGUCCAUUUGGCAUUGAACAAGGAAUAUAUUUCUCUUUACCAACGACUGGGGGCAAGAUCAUCGGGUUCCAUGGCAAGUCGGGCUGGUAUCUUGAUGCAAUUGGAGUUCAUUUGAAGCCGCAUAAGCCAAGUCCCUUUAAAUCAAGUGUUCAGACGCAAAAUUAUUUUUCUACUGGUACUGAUAGAGUUGCGUACUCAGUAGUACAAGGAGGUGUAAGCAGAGGCUAUGAUGUUAUUGUUGCUUUUAGACAGAAGGAUGACUACAACAGCAAUGGUUCAGCAUACAAUUUCCCAAACCAAACUUGUUAUUCUGGAGAAUCCAGUGAUUCAGAAAAGGGCAAGGUGGGUGGUGUGAAAAAAUUGUCAUACAGCAAUGUUUCACCACAGAAUCUCUCAAGGCAAACUUCUAGGUCUGGAGAGUCCAGUGAUGCUGAAACCAAAGGCAAGAUUGUUGGUGCUGUAGAGAGAGUGCCCUCAAAAGUUAGAGGCGCGGUGACAUAUGGACCUUGGGGUGGUAAGGGUGGUUUUGUGUUUGAUGAUGGAGUCUCCACAGGUGUUCGGCAAAUCAAUCUAUCGCGCAACAUUGGAAUUGUGUCAAUAAAAGUUUUGUAUGACCAGAAUGGGCAAGCUGUAUGGGGAAGCAAAAAUGGCGGAACAGGAGGAUUUAGAAAUGACAAGAUAGUAAUCGAUUAUCCAUACGAAGUCCUAACGCAUAUAACAGGCUACUAUGCGCCUACAAUGGUCAUGGGACCUAACAUCAUCAAGUCACUCACCUUCCACACAACAAAAACCAAAUAUGGGCCAUUUGGAGAAGAACAAGGAACUCCUUUUUCCUCCAACAUAAAGGAAGGGGUGAUCGUCGGAUUCCAUGGGAGAACAGGGUUGUUCAUAGAUGCUAUAGGUGUUCAUAUGAUCGAAGGGAAAGCGAGACCACCCACACGUCCUCCCUCCAACAACCAACUCAACCAAAACCAAAGCCAAAUCCAAGUACUGGACAACGCUGCUGAAGUGGAUAGGCCACUAUGGUACUCGCAUAAGCCAGUACCAACCAAGGGAGGACCAUUUGAAGAGGUUGGCAGUGGAGUGGUCAAAGAACCAGCCCCAUGUGGACCAGGUCCAUGGGGUGGGGAUGGAGGGCGGCCAUGGGACGAUGGAGUAUUUUCCGGGAUUAAGCAGAUCUAUCUGACAAGAGCAGAAGCCAUUUGCUCGAUACAGAUUGAGUAUGCCAGGAAUGGACAGUCUAUUUGGUCCACAAAACAUGGAGGAGACUGCGGAACCACCACACAUAGGGUGAAAUUGGAGUACCCACAUGAAGUAGUGAGUUGUAUAUGUGGGUAUUAUGGUCCCAUCAGCAUAAACGAGCCGUGGAACGCUAUCAAGUCACUGACUUUUUAUACCAGCCGAGGAAAGUAUGGGCCGUUUGGUGAGGAAAUAGGAACCUAUUUUACUUCAACGAGGACAGAAGGAAAGGUGGUUGGCUUCCAUGGAAGGAGCAGCCUGUACUUGGAUGCCAUUGGAGUGCACAUGCAACACUGGUUAGGAGAUCAAAGGACCCUGAAGCCCAAUCUCUUCAAAAUUUUCUAUUGAUCAUCAUUUCAACCUAAGAUAUGAUCUGAUUAUUCUACAUUUGAUGAAUCAAUAAAGCCAUAGCUGGAUGUCUGUAUUAAACGCAUAUGCUUUGUUCUAAAUAAUCAGCUGUUGAAAUAAAAGUUUUCAGAAUCGAUUCUCAGUCUCUA